AAUAAAGUGAAAAUGUCUUGACUUCAGGGGACAAAUUUUAGUACAAUGUUGCAGUAAAAAUCUGUGCUGACGGUGUUUAUCUUCAACACUUGGUGAGAUGAACAGGAUCGUAUUACUGUGCUCUGCAGAGUCUCAUUGAGGCUGCUGUUAUGUCAACUGAACUUUUCUUGACUCAGGGUUUAUGAAUUUGACUUACCCUGGAUAUGCCUUCCCCCCUUCUCCCCCCAUGCAGAGGGUACAGCAUGUGAGCCACAAGUGACCCAGACCAGGGGCCUCAUGUAUCAACACUUGCGUGGAACUCAUACCAGAAACGAGCGCACGCAAGGUCCGUCACGCUGAAAAAAAUCCGUAUGUAUCAAUGUGUGCGGGCGCCGAAAUCCACGUGUGUUUCCUUGAUAAAUCCCAAUCAGCGUGGAAUUGAGCGCAGAUGUCGGAGUGACUGGGCCCGUCCCCGUUACGCCUUCCUAUAAAUAUGCAGAUUUAUUUAAAUAGGGUCUCCCUGUCCUCGCACGCAGACAAAAUGACAAGAAAAACUAAAUUUACGGCGUGCGAGGUGGAGGUGCUGGUGGCGGAGGUGGAGGAGCGACAGCGUGUUUUAUUUGGCAGCCUGUCCAGUGGCGUCAGUGCAAAACGAAAAUGCUUGGAGUGGGAGAAAGUUUGCGAGAAGGUGAAUGCGGUGGGUUCCGAGACACGCACCCCCGCGGAGAUUAAAAAAAAGUGGUUGGACGUCAAGGUGGAGGUCAAGCGGCGUACAGCUGCCCUCCGGAGGAGUACUGGCCAGACAGGUGGGGGUCCGGGGGAGGAGACCCUCACACCGUUUGAGCAGCGGGUGGUGGCGAUUAUUAUUAUAGGGUAAGUGGCGUGUCACACAAAUGUCCACAUGCUUUGUCAUCCCACUGAGCAAAAGACGUAUAUUAGACGUCUAGUCUAAGUUUAUACUUCAUUUCAACUUCGGGAUUCAGUCUAUUUUUAGACGUGAUUUAUACUUCGCCCUUAACUUCAUUUUUCAAUAACUUUUUAUGCAAUAAACAACUGUAAUGUGCAUAACUGACCUCUAAAUACUGGAUUACAUUAUCUAUGAUACCGUGGAGAGAGAUGUAAACGCAACAGAUACACAGAAGCAGGAAUUGAAAUGAACAAAUAUUUUUAUUGUGUCACAGAAAUCAAUUUGUCGGCCGUGUCGCCGGCUUGCGGAACCCCGGCCCGCGGCAGCCCGUCCGCCGGCUCUGAGUCGUCGGCCAGGACCAGCGGCAUUCGGGCCACCCCGGCGCCAGCACCAGCACCAGCAUCAGCACCAGCAUCAGCACCAGCGCGCCGACAAGCGGUGGAGCGUCCACAAGCCGCGGCGCUUCCCCUGGACCACCCGGACGCAGUUGAAGGGUCCUCGCGGAGGGGGUCCUGCAAUCGCAGGAAGAAAUCAUCAGGGGGAUCGUGGGGAUCAACGAGCGGCUGGACCGGCUCGUAAAUGUCCUCGAGCGUCUGGUGGAGAAAAUAAAUUAAUUUGGCUCAUUGAACUGUGUAUUCACUUCUUACCCAUUCACACUGUGGCGAUGAGAUUCUCCCUCGGAGGAUGGCGGCCCGGCAGGGAUCAGCUCGCAUCCCUCCGUCUGCUGCUGGUUCGUCAUGUGGGGCGACGUGCUGCUCAGCCACGGGGAUGUGGUGCACGCUUGUCACAUAGUGAGUCACCAAACACUGCCACACAGCGUCGCCAAAGUGCGAAUCACAGUCAACGCAAGUAUCUGCUCAACGCCAAUUUCUACACCACCUCCUGACUUUGCGUUGAUUAGCGCUGGAACCGACACUCGUUUCGUGAUGAUAAAUCUGGACGUGUGCGCCGAUUUUGGCGUACGCAAGGUUUUCUUGCGCCGCAAGCGUUGAUACAUAAGGCCCCAGGUGUAUGUGUGUGUGUGUUUGUGCAUGAUAAACCAAGGCAGGUCCAGUUGUUGGCUGAUUGUGUUUUUCUGAGAAUAGAACCAGCAGACAGCCAGUGAAAGCACCAUCAUAUGCCUUACGCUCCCAGUACCUUCAUAAAAUCAGUGGAAUUAACCAAAAACUUUGCCAUUCAAAGAAUAUUUGAAGUAACUAGUUUUUUUUUUUUUUCAUUGCGUAAAAUCUUUUAAAAAAUUGUCUCACAUCAUAUCCCAAACUCAUUGUAAAUAUUAUGGUGUAGUAUGAAGCUGUGGGAAAAAACCCAGCCCUGCAGGGAGCAGUGUUGAUUCCUCACUUGUGUUAAGCACAUAGUACAGGUCAUAAAUCCCGCCUCUGCCGGCAAAGCUUAUGGGACUGUGGACAAACUUUAGAAAUUUAUUACACAGAAUAUAAAUUUUUCUCCCCCCUGCUUGUGAUGUUGACAUGUAGUUAUUGUAAGACUGGUUUGUGGUCAAGUCCUCUUUUUUCUGUACAGCUCUGUUUUUAAAGUUAUUAGGGGGUUCAUGUUUUCUAUGAUUGACACCUGAUACAGCCUAUGGGCGUUCAGGGAUUGCGUAGCUCUCCCGGGGGGAUACGCUGUUUGAGCCGAGCGUCAUCACAGAGACUUUCGGCAACUGCGCAGCCAAAUGCGCGCAUCGCUACUGCGCAGCUCUGGUUUCAAGGAAGUGGAGAAAAACCCGGAAUUACCAAGAGCUUUUUGGUUUCAAAUCCGUAUACAGGCGGAAGGCGGAACCAGGUUGUCCAUAGUAUAUCCAGUCUAUGGUUAAGCACAUAAACCUUAAACAUGAAGGCUUAAAUCAAAUACAGAAGAUAGCUGUGCAUUUAGAUAAGAAUGGCAAAUGGAUGCUCUUUGCUCUGGAGGUAAUGCAUACAAUAAAGUCAGCAAACAUGAUGCCUCCACGUGAUUCCUGUGUUUUUCAUUUACUAUGACUGUCUUUGAUGGUCUGUGCUGAUCUUCAGGAAAGUGUUUUGGUAAUAGUCCUGCUAUAUUUGACAAUGACAAAAAAGUUGAUUCAAACAACACGUUUUCAUCUUAGUUAUUAUUACCUUGAUAGGAUAACUAAAAGGCAUGGUUGACGAUCUGAGAAGCAAUUGAAAAAAACUAAGCCAUGGGGGCAGAUUUGAAAAAAGCGUCCCACCCCCACACACAAACCUCUCCCCUCUGUGCUCAAAGUCAAAAAUUACCUGUUCAACAAAAACUCGGCUGUCUUGGCGUCUGUUUUCCGGCCCAAAUCCUGGCGGAGCUUUCUCCACCGCUCUAAGGGUGACCCAAUGUUUAUUCAUGCUAAGCUGUUACGCUACUUUUAGCCGCUCAGAGUUCCGUGGAGGAUGGAGAGAGUGGGAGGGGACGAGUCGGAACUACAGGAGAGGGGUGUGUUGAAUACAGCAAGGUGAUUGGAUGGAGAGGCAGAGCAGGAGAUUGACCAAUGGGAGCUGUCCGAGAUGGAUGGCUCCCAUUGGUCAAUGUUUUUGCAGCCCUGCACCUGCGAGGGUGAACAAAUUUUUUCCUUUCUUUUUUCUCUUCGCUUUGUGGAGAUCGCACGAUAGGACCAUGAUAAUUAAUAAUUACCAAUCUCGCCGAUCGUCAACCAUGCCUUUAAUUUCGUACCCCAUUUUCCAGGAAAGUUCAUCUGCUGCCUCAGAAGAACUUGUGUUGGUGCCUUGGGAGCCCGGAGCUUAUCAGACCAAAGGUGUCUUAUUUUAUUUUAACAUUUUGGUGCACUAGGCUCAAUGUAUGUGGACUAGGGAACUACAGUUUUUAGCACUUGCGCAUCAGCUUAAUUUCUCCAGGCUGGAGGCUGCAGCUUGGGUGUUCCUCCUAACUUUGGAGAUAUCUGAAUAAUACUCAAAGCUGAAUGAUGUCUUCACACUGUGUUUUUUAUGUCAUAGCUGACCUGAUUUGGACAGAGUAAAGAAAUAUAGAAAGAAAGAAAGAAAGAGCGAAAGACCGAUUUUGUUCAUAUUGCUCUCUCUCUCCCUUUAGAUAAUCUUUAAUGUUAAGACAUUUCUCGUGGUAUACUUCUACAUACACAGGCUGUGUAGGCCAGUGUUUUUUGUGUCUAUGGGGGGUAUUUGUAACGUUGGCUGUUGAAAUUUCCAUUUCUCAUCUUAGAGGGGUUCUGCACUGUUAGACUGGAGCAUGUCUGGUCUUGGCUUGGUUUCACCCCUUCAAACCCUGAAGUCUUGUCUUGGACAUGACUGGGUCUUGCUGGUGGUCUUGAAAAGAAUCACCCUGCCAAGUCCACAGGGUUAGAUCUGGUGAAAUUACUCUAAUCCUAUUUAUUGUUUUUCUCAUUAAAGUUCAAUAAGACUUGAAAUUUGCACAAACUGUUUUUCUGCAUCAUUUAAUGACAGGCUGUGGUGGUGGAAAAAGGAUCACAAACACGUCAAAUUCAAAGAAUGUUUAAAUUAAGACAGCAGAAACAUGUACAAGUCACGUUUUAUAAGUCCCACAAAAAUAUGUAUGCAUAUUUUAUCCUACUGAACCUAGAUGUUAUGACAUGUGUGCUGGCUGUGUUGGCAGACACAACUAUCUUCACAAAGGCCAAAAAAAAAAAAAUUCUGAAAUUUCAAUAAAAAGUGAAGUGUCCCUUAUCAAUUCCAAAAAAGUUUUGAAACAUUCACUGCCAGAUUCCCACAAUUAAAAAAAUAGUCUUAGAAGAAGCCAAAAUUCCCGAACAGGCACACUUUUACCAUCUUAGUUACCAUUCAGUUAUCCUAUCCUGUAUGGACCCGUGGAAAACUAUACCAGAGGUCAGAAUAAGUAACAAAUGCAGGCCUCCAGGGAUGUUAUAGAUGAAGAAGUCAAAAGAACAGGAUCAGAAUAGUGUAGUCAUGUACAAAUUGCUUCAGUGUGGCUGAAUGAUUUUAAUUAAAUGCUGGCAGCCUUAGACAUCCAAAGACUCUCUCUGCAUAUUGGGCUUAUCAUUGAAUUUGCUGCACUCUAAAUAAAACUCCCUCACUCCAGUUUUAUUGAGAGAUGGUGGUCAGUCACCAGACCAGCAGUCUGCGGAGUUAAAAACCAGAGGCUUUUUGCAUGAUGAAGAUAACUGUGCCUCAUGAGCCCAUCUCAUUUUCCACUUAAAAAAAAAAAAAGAUUACAGACUUUAUUUGCUCCUUUGAAAUCUAAUGCGUCUGCUACUAAAAAUGACCAACAUGUAUAAACCAACACUUGCUAACAGAAGCAACAGCUUAGAUCAGUACAUUGAUUAGAAAUUUAGAUGAAGGUACAGUUAUUUUGAGAAAACUGUGAGUGACUUUAGUCAUAUUUUUACCUCCGCCAAGGAGGUUAUGUUUUCGGUAGCAUUGGUUUGUUUGUUGGUUUGUUUGUUUGUUUGUCUGAUAGCAACUUUACAGAGAAAGUAACGGACGGAUUGACCUGAAAUUUUCACCAGAGGUGCGUCUCAGCCCCAGGAGGAUCCCAUUAAAUUUUGGUGGUGAUCCGGAUCGCCUUCUGGAUCCAGAAAUUUUUUGAAGGAUUCUUUAUCAUCGUGAGAUAGGGCAAAUUUUGAAACUUUUGCAUUUAGCUCUAUAAAAAUGGCCAGAGUCUUUAGAAAAAAAUUACACAAAAGGAUCUUAAUGAGUUUUAUGAGGUGUCAAAGGUUGAUCCUGAUCCAGACAAAUUCUUGGAUACUGUGAUCCAGAACACACAAAAAUAAGGGUGUCGUUGGAAUUUUCAAUGCUGAAAGAUAACCAAUGGGUGACACAGUGGUGUAGUGGUUAGCACUGUCACCUCACAACCAGAAGGUCCUGGGUUCAAAUCUGGGUCAGGGCAUUUCUUGUUUUAGGAACAUUAUGAACAGUGAACAUACCAGUUUAAACACAAAUAAACGUUAAUAAAAGACACGUAACAGUAAGUUUUGGUGUGAAUCACAAAAUAAGGGGGGACAUGAGCUUCCUUGCGGAGGUCUGUGCUCUCUGAGUGCUUUUCUAGUUGUCUUUUGUGUUUGCUGUUGCUUUAAUCAGAGAUUUUUUUUUUUUUUUUUUUUUUUUGCAUUUUUGCCUUUAUUAGCGGAAAGAGGAAACAAAGGGAGUAGAGAGUAGGGAAAGACAUGCAGCAAAGGGUCAUGGCUGCUGCAGUGAGGCCUGCUGUCACUGCACAUGGGGUGCACCACUAGGCCAACUGGUGCCCUAUAACAGUUGUUUAAAGACAGAUAUUCAUCCUUCACUCAUCUGAGCGAAAAAUAUAUUUCUAACUUAUACUGUAAUUGUGCCAAGACUCUCUAAAUGUUGUUUUGAUAAAGGGCAAUUAAUCAUAUUUGAACAUCACAAGUUGCUUAUUAACUUCAUGGAGUCACAUUAAACCAUUUGAUGUCAAAAUUUACUCAGUGAGGCAAUGAGGUGCCAGGUGUGUCAGAGGGUGGAUGAGGGUCUCUUUUUACUCAGCAACAAGAGGAAGCCAUUUGUGUAAUGGUGAUUUCAAACAAUGCCAUUAGGUUAAGCGAGAUACAAAGUGCUGUUAUAGAGUUGUACCUCAUUAAAUACGGUCAUGUGUAACUUUACUGUAGCUGCCAAAUGGCCGAAACAGUAUCAGGACUUUUCAUUUUGACGACACUGACACUUACAUUGACAUGAAUACUUGCUUUUAUUACUGGCGAACUAUCCAUUCUGUGCAAGUGACGCGCUUUUGCAGGUUAUCAACUAGGUUUUGCAGUUUUUACUAAUUGUUUGGGGAAUGUAUUAACUGUUGUGCAAGUGUUAAUAAUGAUGUGAGAAGCGCACUGAAGCAGCUGAAAAAACUAAGUAUACUUGGCUUGUCUAAAAAAAAAGUCUAAAAAUAUUUAACCUAUACUUAUACAUAAACUUUUUUUCUAGAUAUACUUUAGUAUGUAUUCGUGCCUGAGGUUUAAGUAUACUUGGUCGGUAAAUACUCAUGUACAUUUUAUAAAGAGUAUAUUCUAUAAGAGUAUACUCUUAAAAAGAUAAGCAGUACAAACCAAGUAUAUAAAUAUGUACACUGCUGAAAUAAUAGCAUACCAAAAGGUAACUUCAAGAGGGCACACAGAUGGCCUAGCGGGUUAAGAUAUAUCCCAUGUUGAUAACCACAGUCCCUGCAGCAGUCGUGGUUUUGAUUCCAGCCCCACCCUGUGCUGCAUGUCAUGUGACUAGAAGUUAAUUUUCAGUAAUCUAAUAGUAUACCAAGAACUUCAAUCUGCUUCAAGUGUAUGAAAUUAAAUUGGGCCAAUUCAGUCCCAAGAAGUUUACUUGUUAGUACACUGGUAGUAUUUUUGUGUCAGAGUACAAAGUAUACUUUAAAUAAUACUUAAAUGAACUUCUGUAUUCUUUAUAAAUGUACUUGAGGUAUACUGAUUUUUUGUCAGGGUUCAGUCUUGGUAUUUUUAGUGGUCAGUUCGUCAUCCCUUAAUCUGACAUUUUGGGCUUCAGUCCAGCAGUUCACAUGCUGACCUAUGACUUAAUAUAUAACUCAAAAUAGUGGGUUGAAGGGCCUUUUGUAGUUAUAAACCUUUUUUUCUCAAUAGUCACUCAAGCAUGUUCGUAUUGUCAAUUAGCUAGCUGUUUUAGAGAAAAUUAUAACCCGGAUACAUUAAAUAUAAAAUAUGAUUUUAUAUAUAUAUUAUUUAAUGCCUUUAUGUAAAAUAGAAUAACAAAAAGCAUUUUCCAUAUAUGAGUUGCCUUGUGUUUAUAAAAAAGUGGAAAAUUUGAAAGCUUGUAGCAGAAACCCUGAAAAAAGGCAGUUUAGUCCUGUCUGUGUUCAAAUCUGUGCAGGCGUGUCGACACACAGCUUUGUCAAACCUGCAGGAUGGAAACCUGCUUCUGUCAAACAGGAAUGCUGGUUGUCAUUUUCUACAAAUGCAGAGCGCUGACACCUCACAGCCCUGAGCAAAACUUUACAAAACCAAGAGAAAGCUUGCAGAAGCCGAGACAAACCCAGUUUACGAGCUUGUUCUUUAUUUUCAGGUAACUUUUCUUUCUUCUAAAUCCUUAAAUCAAGUUAAACCGAGAUUAGUCUAACUGUUCAAAAUAGUUAUUAAAAAAAUUAGAUUCAGCCAUUUUGAUUACAGUGAACUCUAUGAGAACACAUCACAGUGUGUUUUACAGAUUUUUACCUCCCCUCCUAAAUAAACCAUCUGACUGUCCUCUAACAUAAUCGACAUAAUAAUGUGCAGCAUUGGGUCAGUUAUUUGUGAAAUGUCAUGAGCUAAGGCUACGAUUACUCUCAAUUAUAGGUAUUUCUAUAUAAAUUCCACUGGAUUUUAACUUUGCUCAAAAAAAAUAGAACUUCAGUGUUGUCUUAUGGCUAGUCCAAAUUUGAGGUAAAAACUAACUUUAGUGGCUCAGCGGAGCUUUUCUUUUCUUUACCUCUCCUCCACAUCACCAAGACCUAUGUCUGUGUUUAUUUGACCCUGAAUAAAUCCUGUAUAUUUACUGUCAUCCGAGGGGAUCAUGGUGUCAGACACCUUGUUCUGGAGAUACAGGACUGAGAGGUCACUGCCAGUUCAGCACCUCCAGUGACCAGAUCGCAGACCAGGGGGAGGUGUGUCUGAGGUGAAGGCCCCUGAUAAAUCUGCACCAAGAAAGGGAUCAGAAUCCAUUAAGAGUAAAAGCAGUAAUUAGUUUAGUAUUCUGGUGCUGAUGCAGCCUUCAAUGGAGGAGGUGAUGGCAGGACACAGAUUUACCUGCACUGUCACAGUCAAAGCCCACUGGCACCGCCUUCCUGUCAGGGUCAACAGAGAGGAAAACAGGGGGAGGAGGAGGUGAGGGAGGGGGGGGGGUUCACAGGAACACAGGAGCGGAAAUGCGUGUCACACCCCCAAGGGUGAGUGACCAUAAAACACGUUGGUGUCGUAAGGGAGAGAAAGCUCUGCCUGGUGCCACUGAAACCUCCUGCCAAAAAUUCACACGUGUGUGUAUGUGUGUGUGUGCCAGCGGAAGCAGUUUGUCCGAUUUCUGUGGUGGGAGGGGAACCUAGCACCAGUGAUGGAUGACAUGGUCGAUAACACCCCCUGCUCUUAAAUGCUCCUACACACACAUGCGCACACACGCGCACUCUCUUACACACACACACACACACACACACACACACACACACGCUUAUAUACUGUUGUGCCACUGCUGGGAGAGAGUUUGAGAAAAGAAAGACCUAGACUAAAAUCAGCAGUUUGCCUCCUUUUUAAACAAGAGAUUUUCAAAGUUCUUGUUUUCUGUGAAUGAAACAAAAAAUCAAGACAGAUGAAAAGUUGUUAUCCACUUGGAUUUUAUAAAUAUGCAGGUCGUUGCUGUAAUUAAACCAAAAAUUCAUAAGAAUGGGUGUUGAUUGGGAAAGAGCAGCUACAGAGAGUGGUCAUAAUGUCACAGACAUAUUUUGCUGGUUCAUAUACAGUUACAGUUUUGGCAGCAAGGAUCAGCAGGUGGAGCUGCAGUUAUUACACAGUUUUCUUCAAAACACAUCUUACCAAACUGAUUUAUCUCAAAUGUCCACAUUGUCAGAUCUUCUUUGUUGGUUUGAAGCACACACUCACAGCUCCGAACAUUUAGAUGACUCUUGAGCUUGUGGGUUUUAACAUUUCCACCUUUAGUUCCUUUUCCUCCCUGCUGCUUCUGUGCACACGGAUAAAGUCUCUUGCUUAGAUUUGUGUCUUUGCUGCAUAUACCCUCGAUUAAGCCAGUCACUAAGGGGAGUGUGAGGUGUUUUGAUAUCACUUUUCAGAUACAGGCAUAUCACAUGCCCUUAAGCCAUAGCCUGAAAAGUAUGGGAUUUGGAGCUUAGUGAGAAGUUUGUAUGUACAGCCCCUUCUGUUUGUUAAUGUGACACUUUCACCUCCAGUCUUGUUGAAAGAGCUUUUUCAAACAUGGGACCUGGAUGCUAUAUCUUCUUCAUGUAUUAAUGAAACAAGUGGCAUAUGUGAGGAAGGUUAAUACCAUCUUAGCAUCAUAUAUCAUGUGGUACACAGUUGUUACGAUGAAGCAUAAAUUAUCCAGUCAUCUCACUGUGGCACUUUUAAAUUACACCUCUUUUAUCAUGGUGUUGUAUAAAAACCCUCAGAUCUCCGAAAGUUCAGUCACUGAGAAUCUGCUGCUACUUCUCCAACACAAAAAUUUAGAGGGCUCCUUCAAAAGUCUCCAUAGAGUCAAACUAUUCCUUAAAGGGGAAGUUGAUGUAGUCUGUACCUACUGUCUGCUGAGCUCUUCAUAUUUUACUUUUACAUAAUGAUCCGUUCCACCAGAGCUGGCUGACUCAACUGCAGUUAUAGCACUUUUUUUAGUCAGAUUUGUGUUCUUUUUUUGUGCACAGGAAUUUAAAUUGAUGCAACAAACGUAGAAACAAAAGUUUUCCUUUCUCUGACUCACACGUCUUGCUGUGUUUACUUCCCACUCAUAAGCCUGCACUUGAGUUAGAGGGCGACUGGAGAGCCACUCACACUCGCUUGGUUUGGCUCACUUGGAGUCAAUCCAGCCCUUGUUAUGGCCGCACACAAAAACAAGGCCAAAAUGAGGGUCGCUGGAGAGGUCCAUGCAACAUGCACGUGCGCGCGCGCACACACACACACACACACACACACACACUUGCUCAUGUUAGCUGGUGAGGGGUAAGAGUUGGCAGUGUGACAACAGACUAUAAAAGUAAAUAUAAGAGUCAACAGAGCACAAUGAGUCUGUGAGGACUGCAAAUAUACAGUGUGUGUUACACCGUGAGGGAACAGCAUGCACGCAUGCUAGAAUAUCAAAGGAAACAGGAGGUCAGGAUACCUGUGUUUGGAGGUCAAAUGUGGGUUAUGUGUAUUUCUGUUUGGGUAUGAAUAUGAGGCCUCCUAAAAGCUCAUCGAGGGGGAAAAAAAUGUCCGUGUAUAUAUAUAUAUAUAUAGAUGUGUGUGUGUGUGUGUGUGUGUGUGUGUGUGUGUGUGUGUGUGUGUGUGUGUGUGUGUGUGUAAAUAUAUAUACACUACAGGCAAAAGUUUGGAAGCAAGGCCAUUACAGGCUGAACAGUUGGGAGCAACUUCAAGUUUUUUUCACAAUGCUUUUUUUAAGAUCCAGCAUGAGUUUUCUGUAUUUUGGGAUGUAUUUACUCCAUGUUCAGAUGUUGCUUUCAUGGAAAUGUACGAUUUUUCCCCAUUUACCUUUAGAUAUACAUUGAUGUUAACAGACCAUUUCUAAAUAUAUGUCAGCAAAAGAUAAUGAGGGCUUAGUUUUAGGGUUGAAAACGUUUGCAAGAGUCACAACUUCAGUGCAAAAACAAAAACCAAAUCACAGUUGGAUUAUUCACUCCAACUUUUUGGCUUUUGAGAGUCUGCAUACAAAAAUCCUAAUAAAUCUCAACUGCGUUCAAACUACCUCAAAAAUGGCUAGAAAGAAGCAACUGAGUAAAGAAACAAAAGUACAGAUUUGUACAUUGAGGAAAGAAGGAUACACACAGAAAGGUGUUUAACAAAGGAGUCCACUACAGUCUGAAGCGACUAGAGGAACCCGGAAGUUAUGAUGAUAGAAAAAGACCUGGAAGAAAGAGAGUUACUACAAAAGCAGAGGAUAAACAUAACAUUGUCAUCAGUAAGAGAGAUCGGCAAAAGACAGCACCACAAAUAAGGGAGGAAAUCAACAUGACAAGGUCAAAACCCAUAUCUCUGACAACCAUGAAAUGACGUUUGAGAAAGGCUGGUCUGAAGGGUUGUGUGUCUGCAAAAAAACCACUACUUCGUCCACAGAACCAGAAAAAGAGAUAUGAGUGGGCAAAAGCUCACAAAAAUUGGACUUAUGAUGACUAGAAACAAGUUUGCACUGUUUGGUUCAAAAUGCAGAGUCUAUGUCCGCAGUCAAACUGGUGAACGUCUGAAAGCACCAUGUGUUACACCCACAAUUCAGCAUGGAGGUGGUAGUUCCAUGGUAUGGGGAUGUUUUGCAGGUGAUGGAGUAGGAGAUUUGUUUGAAGUAAAGGGUAACAUGAAGAAGGAACAGUACUACUCCAUCCUCCAGCACCAUGCUGUUCCAUCUGGACUCAGACUUGUGGCUCAUUAGUUUGUUUUGCAGCAAGAGGGGCCUUAGCACUCUGCCAAGCUCUGUCAGGGUUACCUAGACAAAAAUGAAGAGGACGGUGUUCUUCAAAAGAUGGUUUGGCCCCCUCAGUUUCCAGACCUUUCUCCAAUUGAGCUUGUGCAGGAUGAAUUGGAUCGAUUGGUCCCACAAAUCAGCAGUCUCUUUUUAAUGAACUUAAGAAAGCUUGAAAUGCAAUCCCUGGAACAUACCUUAAAAAACUUGUGGAACGAAUGCCUGGUAUAUGCCAAGCUGUUGUUAAAGCCAGAGGAGGUUACUUUAAAGAAAGCAAAGUCUAAGCAACAAUAACUCAAAUAUCUAAUAAUUAUAGUCAAAGUGUCUUCUGAUAAGUUACUCUUUACACAAUAGUCAUGUUUAUUGUGUUGCAAAUUAUAUAUAUGAAACUAUGGUCUUUUUUUGUACAAAUCUGAUCUUGCUUCCAAACUUUUGGCCUGUAGUGUUUAUAUAUAUAUAUAUAUAUAAACAGUUUGGAAACACAUAUACAAGUUUGGAAGCAAGACUUUUGGCCUUUAGUGUGUGUAUGUAUAUAUGUAUAUAUAUAUGUAUGUAUGUAUAUAUAUAUAUAUAUAUAUAUAUAUAUAUAUAUAUACAUAUAUAUAUAUAUAUAUAUAUAUAUAUAUAUAUAUAUAUAUAUAUAUAUAUAUAUGCUGACAUUCGGUGUGGAGACGUGGCGCGACAUAAGUCGGGUCCGCCGCACUGACAAGGCAAUCCCAAGCAUUAUUUGGUAUUUUGGUGAGCGGCGCAGCCCAGCAUAAGUAUCCCCCCUCCCUAGCUCAGCUCCUCCCAGCGGCGUAAGUCGUAGCGAGGGCGUGGAGUGGAUUUAACACAGCCGAGAACUGUAUUGACCAAUAACAUCAGCUCCUCUCCUUGCCUUUAAAUCCGCCUCUGGCAAGGCGUAUUACUAUUUCCAUGAAGUAGUCUUGGAUCAAGAGAUGUCUGAAGACAGUAAUACCACAUGAUGGCGACAAAAGGCAGCCCCUCAACAAGUGUCACUGUAAGCGCUGCAUUGGGCGUCCUCCACACUCUCUCAUUUGAGCACAAAUGGAUUUGGUGUGUGUAAUGUUGGACCCACUGGUAAGACAAACACCCUUUUCCACAAAUAAAGACACUCACAUAAAGUUGCAUAUAUUCAAACCUCACGUGACAAAGGUGGGUUGAGCGCACAGAUCACAUCAUAAAUUCCAAAAAUGGCAUUAAAAUCUGAACCACCUGUGAAUAAAUGACACAUCGCGCUCCGUGGCCUGGCUCUUUCUUUCAUAGAUGUUGGCAUAUAAAAUAAAUUUGGCUCACAAAACUGAAUUUUAUAUUUGUAUGUAGGCUUAAAGUAAAUAACUCAUCUGAUCACUGAAACAAAUCAUCUGUUCAGCCGCUGCAGCAGGACGGGGAGAGGACACAGAGACAUGUACAGGUCGAGCUGUGCAAGAAAUAAGAGGGAGAGGAAGAAAGGAGGGAGAUGAAUUACAUAUCUUGUUAACUUCAUCAUGUGUGUCUAUUUACUAGAUAUUUAAUUUAUUGCGGUUUCAGCUGUGUUGAUUUGGUCAGGUUGUGUGUCCAAACGCGUGCCAAAUGCACUCAUCAGAUCAGAUAUAGAUCAGAAUAUAUCUAUAUAGAUCUAAAUGUAUGUGCUGACUCAGAUUAUUAGUUGUUGUUGAUUAUUUAUUGCACUGAAAUGUGCCUGACACUGUGGAAACCUGCCGGUGAGGCAUUGGUGACGUGUGCCGAUAUGCCGCCGCGCCACCAAAAUACCACUAGACCAGCUGCGCUCCGCCUGCGCUGAAAGCUGACCAGGUUUAAAUCGGCGAGCUUUCAGCGCACUUUAUACACCGGUGGCGAGCACGAAAAUGUCACUGCGCCCGCUGAUUGUGUCGACACCUCCCCAUGCCACGCCACCACACCCAGCUAGGCGGAACCGCCAGACAAAAGUUAAAAACAGUGCAAACUUGUUUCUAGUCAUCAUAAGUCCAAUUUUUGUGAGCUUUUGCCCACUCAUAUCUCUUUUUCUUGUUCUGUGGACGAAGUAGUGUUUUUUUUUGCAGAUACACAACCCUUCAGACCAGCCUCUCUCAAACGUCAUUUCAUGGUUGUCAGAGAUAUGGGUUUCGACCUUGUCAUGUUGAUUUCCUCCCUUAUUUGUGGUGCUGUCUUUUGCCGAUCUCUCUUACUGGUGACAAUGCUAUGUUUAUCCUCUGCUUUUGUAGUAACUCUCUUUCGUCCAGGGGUCCGUUUCACGUAGCAGGUUUAAUGGAAACUCAGAGUCUGUUAACCCUGAAAACAGGGAAACUCUGAGUUUUCCGUUUCACAAAGGAGGGUCAGUUAAACCAGAGAGAGAGGGGUAACUCUAACCUGUUUCACAAAGAGAGGUAACUCAACCUUGCGGUCAGUUACCAUAGUAACAGACUCCGUGAACCUAACCUGCUCGGGACCAGGUUUAACUCAGUAAACCCAGAGUUUCAGGUGAGACAUCGGCAUUUUCUCAUUUUGAUCAUGUUUUACAUUGUCAAGUAAGUAUUAAGUGACAGUUUGAUCUCUUAAAAAAUGCUCUUUCACACUCAAAAACUAAUUUUACUCUCUUAUGAUGUUCCGUUAAAUGAUUAGGAAUAUUAAACUAACACAGACUUUCACUCAGCAAACAGAAAGAGGGCAGAUGCCAGAAAAAUGUGUGGUGGGCCAGCAGCCCCACCUUUAACGGAGGCAGAGUAGCUGCCCCCCGUAGCAGCGAUUGUCGGACCGGUGUGUGUGUGUGUGUGUGUGUGUGUGUGUGUGUGGGGGGGGGGGGGGGGGGCAUUUACUCUGCCUCUGUUAAACCAGUUUUUCUGCCAUCUGCCCUCUUUCUAUUUGCUGAGUGCAUCAGAAACAGCCCAGGUACAACUGUCCAUUUUAGGUCAAAAUGCUCUCAACCUGUGCUGUGCCACCAAAUGCCAAUCUGUCAUCUGUGCAGUGGAGCAUUUUGGUAUUUGUCAGUACACUAUCAGCAAAUAGUUUUUCUAUAGCUUCAACAAUACAUGUUAUUAGCAUUUUGGACAAGUACAACCGGGAAUAACUGACAUUAAAUGUGUAUGGAAACAAUUCUCAAAAAACAAGAGUAAAGUUUUAGAAUGUUUCACUUUUUACAAUUUAAUGUUGUUUACAGGUGAUACAUUACACUUCAAUCAAUAUGCUUACUAAGGGGCCCGUCCCUCUGUUUCUCUCUGUCUGAUCACCUGCAGUAGGGUCUGAUCUAGUCACAUAAACUAUGAGCAAUAAGAUACUGAUCAUGGCUGGCCAUGAAUGUUCUCGUGUAGCCCACCCAGCCAUUGUCCAUGUGUGGAAAACACUCCUCUGUGUGAGCUACAGAAGUAAUCCGACCAUCAGCCACAAGAUUAUUAUUCUAAAUAAUGAAUAUUGAUGUCAUAAAAUGCAGUCAGAUGAGAUUGUUAUUCCACUGUAGAAACAGGCUGUUUAUUUUUCACAGUAAAGAUUUUCUAUAAACAAUGCCUGACAUUACAAAUACCUAUUUAUACACCUAACGGGUCCAAAACAGCAAGAUCUUUGUCACUCUGAGUCAGUGCCUUAAAAUAAGUGGGUGAUAAAAUAAACAGAAACUACACGCCCCACACAGGAGGUUCAAAUAUUUGCCCAGUUUGUGCAGGAUGAUGAGAUUUUAUUCUGAUGCAUGGUUUCAAAGAGUCUUUAAAUGUAAAUUAACUUGUGUCUUUCACUGCACUUCACUUUACUGUAGAAAAACAGACCUUCAAAUACAAACAGCUUGUGCCCAAAGGACAAGACUAAGAAGCAUUUUAGUUUGAUUCUGUGACAUUUGACAAAUGUACGAGAUAAUGAGGUUGAUGUAAGCGCUAAAUCUACUGCAGUGUGCUGGAGUCUUUGAGGACAAACAACAAUCUGACCCUUUCAAUAAAGCAGCACAGCCUAAGGAUGUUUGAGGCACAGGCGGAGACAUGGCUCUGUGAGCUCCUCUAAAGUUGUCUAUAAAUCUGCAUUUCCUGCACUGAAGCCAGCACAAACUGGGUCGUUAAACUGAGUGGUGAGAUAACUGGAGAGCCACUGUGCUGCAUUACUUACAUGACAGAUCAGAACAACAUGAAUCAAUUUCACAAGCUCACAGCAGACCCACUUCUCCUCCUUUGGUCUGAAUUGGAACUGUAAUUUCGCUGCUGAAGGAGCUCUGAUACUCCCGUCUGAGUUGUUUAGCUUUGAACUUAACACACAUCAUCAAGCAUAAAUAUCAAAAUGAUCAGCCUGUGAUUAAUGUGUAAUGUUUAUUUCUCAUGUUUUGAUGUGUUUGGUACUUCAUUUGUUGAGUGGUUAUUAAUUUCUAGUAUGUGUGCUCUUGCAGUGUUCUUGACCUGGGUGAACUGUUCCAGUGUGCGCUGGGCGACGAGGAUACAAGACGUUUUCACUGUGGGAAAACUCCUCGCCCUGGUUCUCAUCAUAGUGGUUGGACUUGUUCAGAUCUGUAGAGGUAAGCACGCACUCUCUCUCACACACACACACACACACACACACACACACAGGCAGGCACACACACACACACGCACACACACACAAAUAUAAUAUAUAAACUAUGAAUACACAGAAUGGUAAAGGGCGAGGCAGAGAAAAAGUUCAUAGAAAAACAAAACAGAGCAUCUGGACAGUGUGCUUAUGAAACAUAGUCUAUCUAUUAAACUUUAUAAACUCAUCAAAACUUGACUAUUUCAGAAUUCAUAGAGUAACAGAGGCCUUUACUCUGCCUGUUUUAUUCAGAUUAUCCAACAGGUGAAGGUGGAGCCAGUUUGAUCAGAUAUCCAUGAACAUCCGUGUCAUCAAUAACAUUUUUCAGCUCCUAUGGGGGGAUUUUGAGACACUCCCAGAAUAUGGUGCGAUGUAUAUAGAUGCAUUUCAACAAAUUUAAAAUCCCGAAAGUAGGGCUGGGCAAUAAAACGAUAACGAUAAAUAUCAAAAAUUAAUUUCCCUCAAUAUCAAUAUAAAACAUGAUCAAUAUGCUUUUCAAUAUUUGGCAUUCUGCCAUGUUUUGUUAGACUACACAAAUAGCCAAUGAUGAGGGGAGUUGCUCCUGGUUCGCUUUGCGCUGAACCAAUCAGGCUGAAUUAGAAUCAAGUAGCAAACAACUACAUAGUAGCAGAUUGCAGCUACACACAACCACAGCACUUUAACAGAUGAAGACGACAGCACUGUCUGUGAGAAAAAAAGAAAAUGAACACUACCCCUGACAGAAAUGCAGAUGAAUGCUCAACAGAUGAUAACUUUGUCGACAACACUGGCACAAAAACAUUGGUUGUGUGGAGGAAUUUCUUUUUUUUUUCGAGGUCAGACAUGAAGCAGAGUAAUGUGCUCUGCAAAUUAUGUGGAGUACAUGUUCCUGCAAAGUCGAAGUAUAUCUCAAAUCUUUUUCACCACCUGAAGCAGUGACACGUGGCAGAGCACGCACAAUGUAAAAGGUUACAAACCUUGAGUGGAGCAAGGAGCCCAUCGCAUCUGUGCAGCCGAAACAGCCAACAAUUCAGUCUGCGUUCUCUAGUGCAACACCUUACGACAAAACGUCAGAGACACAAAGACAUGGCAAAAUACAUGCUACCAGUAAGCACUGUUAAAUUUCAUUUUUUAUAUUGUGACAUAUAUUGAUAUUGACUGAUAUGAAAAAAAUAUACCAUGAUAAACUUUUUCUCAUAUCGCCCAGCCCUACCUGAAAGGAUUAAUUUUUCUGUGAUCUAUGUUACAAAGUUCAACUUUUGUACUUUCUAUAUCAGUUACACAUGAGGAGUGAAAUAGUUAAAUCCAUAGUUUGUUUUAGUUUUGAUCAUUUUAUCUUAUUUAACUCAAAAGGAUUAAAGUGUAUCUUGGGAUCAUUCAUAAAAGAAUUCAAGACACAUACAUGUCAUUUGUAGACAUGGUCAUUACUGGCUAGGGCUAUCACUUUGUAAAGAAGCUGAUUGACAGUAUGGGUCCCAGCAAGUUCUGUGUCUCUCCACAUUGUCCUCAUGGUUGUAUUAGCCCAGAAAUAAUGUCUUUCAAAGGAGGUGCUCAGGUUAGCAAGGAGGUUAGCCUCCUUAUUAAAUGUCUAACCAACCUUAAUAAGCUUCUUUCAGUGCAACAUAGCAGCAGCUCUUUUUUUAAGCUCCUCUGUAGGAACUCUGAGGUAGAAGGUAGGAAUGUAAAGCUUUGAGUAAUAAACCCUCCAUUUUUUUACAUUCAUAAAUAUCUAAAAUCUCUGCACUAUACUGUGACAGAAACAUUUUUUUUCCCUUUUAUCAUAAUGAGGGAUUUUGAAAUCAUAUACAAGACGACAUAUACCAUUAUAUGUUUGCAGAUAUGAUUUUUAAGUUUGAGCAGAUUCAUAAGCCAACAAUAUCUUGGUUUUAGAUCAAUUGAAUUCAAAUAACCAUAUUUAUACCAGAAAUUGAUCUGCGUAGAAGCAUUAGUGUGUUUAAAGUUCACAUAUAAACAUACCCUAUCACACAUUCUCCAUAGAGCAAGUUGAUCUUGUUAACAUAAUAUGUAAAAAAAAAAAGUAAAAUUCUUAAGGCAUGGCUGGCAGAGCGGUCUACAAGUACACCCUAUAUGCUUUAAGCAGUUAGCCAGUCUUUGGCUCCUUUCCCUCCCUGUCUACUGGCCUGUUGCCUCUAAAUAUAAGCAUUGGAAAGGCCCAAAACAUAUAACUUUAAAAUUUGAUUUCUACAUAACAGCCUGAAAAAAAGUAAUCCAAGGAUUUGUGAGGCGAUGAGGGUUAUUAUUUGUUCCUGAUGAGUUCUUUGAAAAAGAGAGUUGUGGACAGUUCAUAGACUUGGUCCCAACCAGUUGCAGCUACCACUGAUAAAAACGUUUAUCAAAAAAAAAAAAAAGAUAAAAUGGUGAAAAAAAACCUACAAUCUCCACACAUCAUCCUUUCUCACCUUCUCCAGGCCACUAUGACGCCCUGCGGCCCAGCACAGCCUUCGAGUUCAGUGAGGACCCCUCAGUGGGACAGAUCGCUCUGGCCUUCUUGCAGGCCUCUUUCGCCUACAGUGGCUGGAACUUCCUGAACUACGUCACAGAGGAGGUGGUGGAGCCACGCAAGUAUGACAAGAACUCACAGAUAAUACUGUUAUAUUAAGCUCACACUUGUCUCCAAAUCUCUGGUGGGGUCAUUUGUAUUUGAGAUGGUUGUGUAGUCAGGCUCUAUUCACAUACUUGGGUAUAAAAACAUCUAGUUUUACAGUUUGAUUUCUUUAUUUCUAUACUUUUUUUGGCCUUUGGGGUUGUUCUGCGUUAAUGAUAAAUCCAUGCGAUCUAUACGAUUGGAUAAACAGUUGAGAGUCCGCAUUACAUGUGCCUCUCCUGUGGAUAACAUCAUGUCUAGGACAAUCUUCUCUGUGCAGAUUGACACGGGCUGCUCCAUCAAAAAUAGACUUGGCACGUAUCUUUAGCAAAGCAGUGGGUAGAGAUGCUCCGGGACAGAGCUGAGAUGCGUUCUGUGUGUGAUGCUGCAUUGAUUAGAAUGGGAAUGUAUUUGCUGCGUAGCACCCAACACUGCCAACAAAAAGCACCAAACACACAACCUUAGGGGGUUAGGCUUCAGAUGAUGUUUAGCAUACCCAGUUACUUUAGCCUCUACAGUUGGUUUUACCUCACCUCAUUUUUUUAAACCUUUUUAAAAAGUUAACACUUGAACCCUCACAUUUUAAUUAUAAAUCUUACUUAUUAUGUGAACAGGAAUCUACCCCGUGCCAUCUACAUCUCCAUCCCCCUUGUGACCCUUGUCUACACCAUGACCAACAUUGCCUACUUCUCCUCCAUGACUCCCGAAGAAUUGCUGGCCUCCAACGCAGUGGCAGUGGUGAGCAUUUCUAUGAAACAUGUUUUUAGUGCAGGUGUGUACAGCUGUUGAUUCUGUCCAGAAAGACCUGACUGGAAAAGGUACAGUAUGCUAUCUGUGACUUUUAGAGAAUUACACAAUUGGCCGUGAUGACUUCAGUUUGAAACUUUUCAAAUUAAAAUCACAUUUUAAUUUGAACCAAAAAAAAAAUCUAUGUCUAUGUACACACACACACACACACACACACAUAUAAAUAUAUAUAUAUAUAUACAUAUAUAUAUAAAUAUAUAUAUGUAAAUAUAUAUAUACAUAUAUAUAUAUAUAUAUAUAGAUACAUAUAUAUAUAUAUAUAUAUAUAAUUUAAAGCAGUACUUCUGCAAGGUGAUAAAUCUGUCAAUAAGUAUAUCACUCAGUUAUAGUCAAUACUAUGUACUAUGAUGUGUCAUUCCAGACAUUCGGGGAAAAAUUGCUGGGGAUGUUUUCCUGGGUGAUGCCGAUCUCUGUAGCGCUUUCCACCUUCGGAGGAAUCAACGGAUACUUGUUCACCUCCUCCAGGUUUGUGAACCGUUUGUAAGAUCUUCACAUAAGCCAAAACUUAAAGGUAGACUGCGUAAGAAUGUGAAUGUUUUCCAAUAUUUAGAGGUCACAUUCGAAAUGCUCCCUCGCUUACUCGUCCUGUCCUUGGUCACUUGUCAAAUAAUAACCACCUGAAAUGUCGAUCAGUACAAUUUUUCUGAACACAACAACCACUACCCUCUCCUUUUGUGCAACCACUCACUAAAUAUUAAUAUACAGCUAAAUGCUGCUCGCUACUAUUGCAUACUGGAUAUCUGAUCAUACAUUCAUCCAACUGCACAUGUUUUUCUAUAGAUUGUGUUUCUCUGGGGCCAGAGAGGGUCACCUGCCCUACCUGCUGGCUAUGAUCCACCUGAAGAACUGCACUCCAAUCCCUGCCCUGCUGGUCUGCGUGAGUACUGCACAUUUAUUGUCACGCUCGAAAGAACAUAAAAAGGCGAAAUACCAAACUCCAAGCCUCAGGCUCUAAGACUCUAAAGGGCAUUCCUGUAAAGUGAGUGGGUGCAAUAUAAAAUCACACACCCUCCAUAAGUUUUCAUUUUGCCUACUCAGACUUUAAUGCAAACUCUAGGACAUGAUCAUCCACCUCCCACUAAAACGUCUAACAUUCAGACUAUACAAUUUUUUUCCCACCCCCUCUGACUUCCCCUGGACAGCAUACAAAAUGUCUGUCCAGAUGAAAAUAUGUUGAAUACUUGUCUGUUAUUUUAUUUAUUUAUUUCUGCUUUAGUUUGACUAAAACAUCAUGCAUUUAUUUGAUCUCACCCUCAUCUCCCACAGUGUAUUGCCACCAUUGUUAUCUUGUGCAUUGGAGAGACACACAACCUAAUUAACUACGUGUCCUUCAUCAACUACCUGUCCUAUGGGGUAACCAUUGCUGGCCUCCUCUACCUCCGCAAGAAGAGACCAAACCUGAUGAGGCCCAUUAAGGUACAGAAACCACAGAACCAUAGAUCCACUGCAGGGUGUGACACUGGAAGGUUAACAGGCUGCAGAUGAUAAACAUUAUAAAAAAAGACUGGUGUAACAAAAGACAAAAGCAGAAUCUGCCUCAAAUAGUCAUAACUGUAAACUGACUAAGGAAGCAAACUUAAAAUCCUACCAGCCAGUGACUGUAGUUGUGCUCGGUCAUGGUCAUUUCCACCGUUAAAAAGUCAGCAUUUAGUCAAAGUCAGUCCAAGAAAUUAAACAUCACCUCAGAGACCAUAGUGGACGUUGAAGCUGCCAGCAGGUCAAGCAUGGACCCUGGCUCAGGACUGUAACCUCCUGGUGGUUUGGUGCCCCCUGGUGUCACAAAAAGAAAGUGCGUGUGAGCGUCGCACAGAAAUCAUACUCCCAUUUGUCAAAGUAAUGAAAAUAAGAAGCAGUGUGUGUGUGUGUGUAAUCAAACAGUAAAUUCAUUUUGUGCUCAAAAUAAUCAAAAAGUCUCAAAGAUUCUCUGAAUUCUGUAUUAAAAUGUGUGUGUGUUUGUGUGUGUGUUUGUGUUUGUGUGUGUGUGCGUGUGUCUUGCACAGGUUAACAUGUUGAUCCCCAUCAGCUACAUGAUAUUUUGGGCUGUGCUGCUGUGCUUCAGUCUGUACUCUGAGCCUGUGGUUUGUGGCCUGGGGAUGGUCAUCAUGCUAACUGGAGUCCCAGUUUACUUUGUGGGUGUUAGGUGGAAGGACAAACCCAAAUGGAUCUACAGGAUAGUUGGUGAGUUUGCAAUGAUUCAGUGCACUCUGAGAUUCACUUUUAAACAUACUGAAACGUGUAAGCUGUGUCUCUGCGAUUAACCCCUCCUUUGUCUUUGUUGUUUCAGAAAAAGUCACAUACAUGGGCCAGAAGGUGUGUUAUGUUGUGUUUCCUCAGGAAGACCCCUCAGAGACUGAACCCCUCACUUCCUCCAAAGCCACUGAUUGA